AUGAUUAUGUUUAGUUAUUCCUCUGCCUCCUUUAGUGAUAGUGGUACGUGUAAUAAGUGUAGUUUGUUUGCAGUACUGGAGGCAAGGCUUAGUGAAUUGGAAGCGCGGCUCCACACCAUGGAAAAACAAUCAGCAGCUAAUGUAGUUAACCAGCCCCCAGUAGCCAGUGCGGGCCGACCUAGCGUAGCUCCCACUCCCCCGGUAGCUCCCAAGCAGCCGGGAAGCCAGGGUGGCUGGGUGACUGUCCGAAGGCAGCAUAGCCCUAAGCAGAAGCCCAUGGUUCACCACCAACCAGUUCACAUUUCAAACAGGUUCUGCCCACUCAGUGACACACCCGCUGAGAAACAAACUCUGAUUAUUGGCAGCUCCAUAGUCAGAAACGUGAAGUUAGCGACACCAGCAGCCAUAGUUAAAUGUAUUCCUGGGGCCAGAGCGGGCGACACUGAGUCAAAUUUAAAACCGCUGGCUAAGAAUAAACGUAAAUAUGGUACUAUUGUCAUCCAUGUAGGCGGCAACAACUCCCAAUUACGCCAAUCGGAGGUCGCCAAAAUUAAUGUUGAGUCGGUGUGUACAUUUGCAAAAACAAUGUCAGACUCCGUAAUUUUCUCUGGACCGCUGCCUAAUCUGACCAGUGAUGACAUGUAUCGCCGCAUGUCACAAUUCAACUGCUGGCUGUCGAGGUGGUGUCCAGCAAACGAUGUGGGCUUCAUAGAUAAUUGGCAGACUUUCUGGGGAGGACCUGGUCUGAUUAGGAGAGACGGCAUACAUCCCACUUUGGAUGGAGCUGCUCUCAUAUCUAGAAAUAUGGCUGAGUUUAUUAGUAGA